AUGCCAGGACAGUAUACACCCUUUCGAGGAACUACAGAGGAAGAGGCGAGGGAGCAUCAUGCGAAACGUCCAAAAUCUCCAGAUCUCUUGCUAUGCCAGAAUUGCGGAUUCACUGCUGAUAAUGCGAUACACGGCGGUUACAUCAGCACCAUUAAAUUGAUUGCCCACGGUGGCAAAAGGGGAGUAUGGUCAAUUGGCGAUAAAUACAUUUUGAAAGAAAUGAAUAUUAAUGAUACGAGAUGGGGCACAAACCACCUAGGCCCUGAAUAUCCAAUCACUCGUUUCUUGGACGAAAACUCGACAAUUCCUGUGGCAAAGAAUAUGAAGCAUUGGUCGGAUAGUGAAGGUCAUUUCUUUCUCAUGGAUAAGGUUCCAGGUGAAUCGUUGUUUAGGGCUAAGUCAAAACUUGAUUACGAAGAGUUCAUGGUCAUUGCUGACGAAGUCGCGGAGUGUCUUGCACAACUACGUAAAUUUACAUCAGAUAAAAUAGAAGCUCCAGAUGGUUCGUUGAUAAGAGACAAAACUCUCGGUUCUGAAUAUUCCUUGGAUUUUUGGACGUCUGAUGUAGACGAAUGGUGGGCUCGAGUGGAACCGUAUAUUCCGGAUAAAUCUCGUAAGGAUCGUUUGAUGGAAGAAUUUUCCCGCCAUAUCAAGCCUGGAGGACCUUUUGUGCUCACGCAUGGGGAUUUAAACAUACAGAAUAUUAUGGUGAAAGAUAAGCAUUUGAGUGGGAUCAUCGACUGGGAACAUGGGGGUUAUCUUCCAGAAUGGGUGGAAUUUUAUAUGAUGGAAAAGCUCGAAUAUCCGCAAUGGGGAAGGUUUAUAAAAGACGCGUUAGCAAGGAGAAACAUAUUGCCCUCUGAAACGGCGAAAAAAUUCCAAAAAAAAUUCUACCACUCUUUUGAGGACGUAGAGCCCGUUCUUAAUCCAUCGGUCAAAUUUUACGACGACCGUUUUCAUCGGGAAUAUCCAAGUUUCCCCCAUUAUAUCGCAGAAGAAUCCUUAUAUACACUUAUAUCCCUGGCGAAAGUCAAAAGAGAGGGCAUAGAGAAAACGGAAGCGGCAAAGAAGGCGAUCGAGGAUAGGAUAAAGACAGCAGAGGACAGAGCCAAGGUAGCAGAGGAAAAGCUUGCUGAAAAUGAGACAAUCUUGGCAGAAUUCAACAAGCUAAGUGUGGAAGAGAGAGAAAAUUUGAAGAGGGGAAAGUAG